AUGCUUGUCCUUGAUCCUGAUCGUAGGAUCACUGCAGCUCAGGCCUUGUGCCAUCCCUACUUAGCUCUCUUUCAUGACGAUGCAGACGAACCAACAUCAGAGCUCUUUUUCGAUCCGCUUGAGGGUAGGGACAAUAUAACGAUGGAUGAAUGGAAAGGUAAUUUGUCAUCCUUUUCCAAGUGA